AUGCAGUGGACGCCGUCGCAACUGGCAGCAGCAGCAGCAGCAGUGCUGCUGCUCAGCAGCAGUAGUAGUCACAGUCAAUUGCAAGUGACAGCUCUACCUACAGGCAACUUGAUCCCCAACCCUUUCAAUGGUGACGCCCUCAGCUGGCUCGACCAAAGCGCCGACCAACUCAGCUCCGGCGUAGUCCACGGUCUCAACGCCGCCAUUCACAACAGUGACGGUGAGCCCACCCCAUUAUCCUCAAUUCCAUACACACCACCCCCCUCCGCCAACUCCAACGCCAACGCCAACGCCAACGCCAACGCCAACUCCGCUUCUAACGAUAAAUCCUACGGGAUCGCCUACUCGCCCUACAACCCCGACGGCACCUGCAAAACCUCCCCGCAAAUCACCCACGACAUCACCAAGCUAUCCUCCUUUCGCUUCGUCCGCAUCUACGGCACAGACUGCAACCAAACCCACCUCGUCCUCUCCGCCGCUCAACCGUUAGGGGGGUUGCAAGUCUUCGCCGGCCUGUUCGACCUGCACGACCUCGACGAGCAGUUGCAGCUCAUCAUCGACGCUGUGCACGCGAACCCAGCCGCCAACAACAAUCCCUGGCAAGCAAUCCACACAGUCGCAAUCGGCAACGAACUACUCAACCGCGCCCAAGCCACCGCCGCGGAAGUGGUAGCCGCCGUGCAGUCCGCACGCGAGACGCUUCGGGCGGCCGGGUACCACGGCCCGGUGGUGACGGUGGAUACGGUCGCAGCGCAUCUACAGAACCCAGAGCUCUGUCGGGUCUCGGAUUACUGUGCGGCGAAUUGUCAUGCGUUUUUUGAUGAGACGGUCCCGGCCGAGGCGGCGGGGGAUUAUGUUUGGGGGCAGGUGGGGGUUGGUGCUGCUGCUGCACCACCCCCCAAAAGGAAGAAAGUACUCAUCACAGAAAGCGGCUGGCCACACGCCGGUCAGACGAAUGGUAUGGCAGUGCCCUCGCUGGAGAACCAGAAAGCCGCCGUGCAGAGUCUCCGGGAUGCGUUUGCGCUGGAUCCCUCCGCCGAGGAUGAGGAGGUACGCUUGGUCCUCUUCUCCUCGUUUGAUGAUCUCUGGAAGGUCGAUAAUGGGUAUACCUUUGGAGCGGAGAAGUUUUGGGGCAUUUUGGGGCAUUAGCCACUUCUUUCCUCCUCUGUGGAACUGGGAGUGUAUUGUAUUGGGUGGAGGGUGGGUUGUGGGUUGGAGAUGGAUGUGCAUGCAUGCAUCUUGUGUGUUCAGCUGGGUCGUUGGGAUACAUAGCAGUUAGGGUUAUUUGGUGUUGUUGGGAGUGAGUUGGGUCUCGAUUGUUGUUGGUUUAUUCGGGGGGUGGAGUGGUUUGCGUAUCUGAGGGACUGGCUGUACUUACUGUAGCAUAGUUAGCAAUGUCUGUAUUAGUUAGCUUGAUAUCG